AAUAAACAUAGUUACUACGUGCGAAACAACCACUACAGCAACUGUACAACUUCGUUGAUUAUCACGGGCUCAUUAUAUCCCAGAUAACGAAUCGAAGCGAAGAAAUUUAGUAGGUUUAUUUUCAUUCUCUUGUUUAAACCCUGGGGUUAGUAUCACCGCGAUCCAGUACUCCGCAUGAACCGCUUCUGCCCUCUGUCGCUCAGACUUUCCGCGAAUUAUCGUGGAUCGCUUGAUUUUGUAACCAUGAUCAUCUAUCUAUGCCUUACCAUGAUAAACUAACCUAUCCCAAUUUGUUCUUUGACGUUUAUGGAAUUAUUAUCCUGCUGUUGAUUUUAAACUGGGUAGUUACUGUCCUUUAACCCCCCACCACCCAACACGCCCACUCUUCUACAAUCAAGACGAAAGGCCGUAGUACAAAACAAAUUGGAUUCUUCCAAGAUAUCCACUGUCACGAAUUGCGAUUACGCAAGUGCAACAGAACGAAGCACCAUACGAUCAAAAAUGGCGCCUCUGUCCCCCCUCUCAAUUGCAACCUCAGCGGUGCGGCGGCUAGUAAAGGAGGAAGCCUCAUACCACCGCGAACUAAAACAGCAGGAGGAACGCAUCAAACGUCUCGAGGCCGAGCAACCGGGUGAAGAUGAGGAUGGCAAUCGGGAAUUUAUGCUUAGACAAGAGCGCCAAGCCCUGGAGGAGACGAAGAAAGUCUUACCGAAUAUGAAGCAGAAAAUCUUAGAGGCUAUCGCUAAGGUUGACCAUUUACUUGUUGAGGAAGGACAGAAAGGAAUGGGAAGCAAUGUGGAUGAAAUCAAUGCCGCGAAGGAGGCUAUUUCACAAGCGAUGACGGCCGUCAGGGAGGUGUCAUGAUCUCUUACUUUGGCCUCAUUUUCAUAUUUAUUUCUCCAUCUGUCUGUUUCGAAAGAGUUGUAAAUCUAUAAUCUUCCAAUAUAUAUUUUAUUUCUUUCUAAUGGCAGUUCACUAGUUCAAAGUACGGAUA